UCCCCACACCGGAGUGCUUAGCACAUUAUUGCCUAGCGACAGUGCCUGUUGUGAUGGAGAGGAUCAAAGAUUUUGUUUUGUGGUUGUUGCUGUGAUCAGUUCGUCGCGUCCCCCACGCCAAGAAUGGCCGUGUUUGUUUUGCCAAGGUGCUGAUUUCAAAAUAUUUGAAAUGCAUUGGACAGCAAUUUUGUAUACAGGAUAGGAAGCUUGGAUUCUUGGUUUGUCUGCACGGAAUACACUUGCUUGGACUGAAAGUUACCUUUGGUGUGUGGUGUGGGGCAACGCCGUUUGAUAAUUUCUACCUUUCGAUAGGUAGUCCGCCAUGGAUGUCAUGCAGAAGUUUAGAGAAAGACUGAGAAGGUCCUCGAGUAGCGAUGUUCAAAGUAUUUGUAUAUCCACCAUUCCAGACAAAGUUGUCACAAAAGGAAACGAAUUUGCUACCAGCCAAGGCGUUAUCCGAAGAUAUUCGAUUCCUGCCAAAACAAGGCUAGGUUCAGAUGUAAAGCCUGAAGGAUCAAUGUGUCAGAAAAGUUAUUUUGAAGGUAGUAAAGCGGCAGUAAACAAAGAGAGUUGUGGCUCUCCAGAAAGGCAAAACAUCUUAGAUGCCUACAAAAUACUGCAGUAUGAAAAGGCCGGCAUUGAAGUCAAACUCCAAAAUUCACAAGAUAAGUUAAAAGAGAGAGAUGCGACAAUAAAAGAGCUCAAUGGUAUUAUUCAGCAAAUCAAAGAGGAUCGUUUACAAGAUGAAGAGGUGCGAUAUCAACGCUCAAUACUUGCAAAAAGACAGUAUAUCGACAGUUUGGAAGCUGAAAUCGAGAAGAUGAAGGUGAAAAUUGAGCAAGAUAACAUCGAGGUUGAGAAACGGGUAAAAAAGGCAAAGAAGCAGGUUGCUAGGACAAAACAAGAAUGUGCUUUAAAGAUCUUUGAAAUUCAGCAAGAAAAUGCUUCACUCAAAGAGCAUAUCAAAACGCUUGAAGUCAACAUAGCAACAUAUGACAGAGUUCGCAAUGACAAAGCCGACCCAGAAUCAGAACCGAACAAAGCGCCUAGCCUCGUUAAUAACUGUAAAUCGAAGCACGACUUAGUUGUUGAACUAUCAGAACAAAUCUCUACAUUAAUUCAAGAAAAUCUGAUUCUCAAUGAAGAACUUCAAGUUGCAAAUGAUAAACUAUUGAAAUACACCAGUUCUAGGAAAAGCGCGAAACCUCGGAGCUAGGUAACAAGUUUAAAAUUGGUUCAUACGUCUAUUAAUUUCCUAUUACUGUUCAAAUAUUAAUUGAUUGUAGAAUAAAAGAUUAUAUCUUUAACAUUCUUAUGAUAGAUAAAGGAAAUUCUUUGUAUAGCAUUUUAUAGUAGUUUAUGCAUUUGACAGAUAAAAUGUUUUACAAUUAUAAAAAUCAUCAAUAGUUUAUUUCUAAAAAUGACGAUCAAAAUUUCAAAUGUUCUUUUUAUUUUGCUCUUUGGCGUAGCAAUCUGUUGUGACGACAUUUCAUGAGAAAAUAGUUGAUUUAUUACCCGACCUAAAUAGUCUUUCCUUUCGUUUUUUCGUAUUUUAAUAAGGGCAAGAUUUAUUUUGUACAUCUAAAACGUUGUAACACAAUUGUUCUUUGUAAGUCCAAGUGCAAAUUUAAAAGUGAAUUCCAAAUACCCUUGUUUGUUUGAGAAUGCAUUUAGAAUAUUAUACAGGGAGGCUAUUAACUGUGAACGAGGUAAGUUGUCCAAUCUGCAUUUAGUUGUUUUUAGUUCUAUUGUGACUAACACUGUCACAAAUCUGGAUCGGUUUUAUGAUUCAAAAUCAGUUUAAAUUUUCUGAAUCAGUAUAUUUUCGGUAGUUUUCUUUAAUUGAAACCCUAGAGCAGCGAGACACUGUUCAUAUGUGAUAAAACCAAUGUAUUUCGUUAUUAUUAAAAGACAUUGAUACAGCCAUUUGAAUAGAACAAUAUUUUCCCAUGUCCUUUUGACUUUAAAAUCCAGCCUUGUUACACCGCAGAUUGAAUGCUCGUUAUUGUAUUGUGGUGUUUUCGAAAUGGACAAAAAUAACGCCCUUGCUAACGCCAAAGCCCCCCAGAAUUAAAACUUUCGUUUUUUCAUUAAAUCUUGAUGAUCUUUGCUUCGUCUGUAUUUUUUAUUUUGUUUGUUUGUUUGAUUUGUAUUCUAACUCUCGAAUUUAUACUCUCGAAUUCUGUUUAAAAUCUGCGAAUGUUCUUUGCUCUUAUAAAAUUCGAGGUCUAAAUGUUCUACUUAUCGAUUUUGAUUCAAUUAGCGUUGUUUGGGACCAAUACUUUUCGCAUUGGCCUAAUUUGGUUUCUGAUGAACGAGAAUGCCUGGUUUUAAUUUUCUACGAGUCGCUUAUGAACCUCCUUCUACGUCUGUAAAUGGGGAAUUCGACGUCAUUAAUCACGUAAUGUCUACUGUUUAUUGGAGAUUCCCUGUCUACUCACCUUAACUAUUUUUCUACUCUCUUGUUUUUGUCAUUAUCGCUUUCCAUUUUCAUUUCGUCUUCUGGCUUUUCGCUGAUAAUCGAUUCAAAAAUCUUCGUAAAUUUGUCGCACUGUUUCACAAUAGCAUCGCAAUGAUUGCAGAUUAUUCCGAUCCGCCCUCAUUUCGUGUUUUCGAACCUACAUUUCGGCUUUACUCAAAGAGACACUUUAUCAUUACUAUUUCCAGGCUGUUAAUUCAUGCCGGCGUAAUUUAUCGGUAAAAAGAAUUUCAAACUUUCUAAAGUUCAUUUAUUCUUAUUUAAGCUCCAAAGUUGUUUUUUAACCUUUUUUCUCAUUAACAUUAAUGCGUUAUUUUCCUAUCUUUGCAUAAAUCUUUCUUUUUUGAAAUAGGACCUUCAUAAUUAAAUAAUAUCAAUGCCAUUUGAAAAGUUUUUUGUCGUUCAUUGAGCGUCAUUUAAAAUAGUCAAGCCGCAACUAUACUUAAUCUACUAUGUCUGCCAAACCUCUGUGAAACGCCGAUAGUGAUACUUGGUCUUGAGCAUAUCAUUUAGUUUUCUCUGCUACUAUCAUUGGUUCCCGAGAGUUUGGUUUUAUUUUAGUCACAGAUUUUUAAUAUGAACGUGGCUUCAAUUUAGAACCAAGAUGUUGUUGCAUUUCAAGAAGAGGUAUGGCUAUUGAAUCAAAACCAUGGUUAAAGCUGAAUUGUUGACAGAGAUAAAGGUUUUUAUUGGGGGGAGGGGGGCUGGGGUACUAAGGCUCACGAUUUAAGACAAGAAAACACUGGUAACAGGAUCAAUCAACCUGCGCUAAAUCAAAUUAUGUACAUGUAAUGUAAAUUUACACAAUAGGUUUCUUAACCAGGGAGAGUAACUGAUAAUUAUACAAUUAUGUCUAGAAACAGACUUGCUUUUACAAUACUGUUUUAAGCGUAACUGUAAAAAUCAUUUGCGAGACAAAUUUAAGGUUGAAAUUGUAAUGGAUGAUAUGGCUUUAAAUAUCGAUCUAUAUGGCGUUUUGGAACAUUGGGAUCUACUUUGAAUAAUGUGGCUUUUAAGCCCUCGUUUCUCUUAGAACCUAAGAGACAUAUUUUAAGGGACAAGACAACUGAUAAAGGUGAGAACUUCAAAAUAACAGAAUUUGAAAUAGCAUAAUUCCAUGGUACUUUCAUUAGUAGCCUUUUAACGGUUAAAUAAUUGGAAAAGGGACUUUUCCUUUAUUUGCAGGAAAGCAUUAAUUGUUUGUUUAUUUGUUUAUUUGUUGGUUUAUUUUUUUCUUUAUUUAUAACUCUGUCAUGCAAAAAUGUCCAGUGACACAUUAUAAUGAUAUUUGAUAGGUUUAAGACUUAACUUGAACCUGUGACGGCAAUGAAUGCAACAUAGCAAACGCUACCACAAGUUUGUAGCAAUUUUACCUACGUGAGUGAACGCACGUACUUUCACACUUUCAUUAUUUGUUUUAUUUUCGUCACAAGCAAAUAAUUUUAAAAUUUCACAACCUAUUUAACAAUUUUAAGAUCUUUGCUGCACCGAAAAUCCAAUCACAAGCAAAGCAAAUCGAUUGAUAUUUAUCAGAUUCUGGAUGGAAAAUCAGAAACUUGGAGUCUAAAAUUGUGUCCAAAGUUGUUUGAAAUAACUCAAGACCAGGCACC